UACAAACAGAUUUUAAAUGACACGUCUGACCAAUCAAUCUAAUUGGCAGCAUCCAGUUUUGGGGUGUAUCCUAGUAAAAAACAUCAGCAUACUACAUCAGCUUAAUCACUUAUGAUACAAAUCAUUUUGAGUGCCCAUAUCAGGCAUAGCAUACCCACCUUGCACAAGUCAAAGACAUACUGAUAAUCGACAUACCCAAAAAGGCACUUCACCCCUGUGUACAAUGGACCUUUCCCAACCCUAUCUCCCUUCUGUUCAAUGCACACGACCAACCUAUGACCUACUUCCGUUACUUCAAAAGAAUAUUCUGCUCGACGACUCACAUCAUGAUUUGAAAGUAAAGGGUCUCUAACAGUUCCUAGCCUCUUGUCGCUGUAUCGUAGGGACGACUGUAUAGCAACUUGUUGCUCAGCUGUGAAACUUUCCUCCGAACCUUCAGCGGACUGUCGUAGCCUGGACAAGAGCACGUGGUGCGUUUGCAGAAGUGGCCAAUCGUGAAAUUACCGCCACUGCCUGAACGAAAGCCACCUCCAAUAUCAGGCUUUUGUUAAAGCUGCAGGAACUGAGUCUCAGGAUGUGAAGGAACUAAGGACGUGUGCAGUUUCACUCAGAUAGUACUUUAAGGAUUAAAGAAGAAAUCUUGAAUGUGAUCUUAGAAGAGGAAGCUAUGUCUGCCAUAACCAAUCAAGUCCAGGUCUCAUGUAUACACAGCAUAAAGACUGAACCAAGGUCUGAAGCUGAUCUACAAGAAGACCUAAAUAAUGAUGUAAUGCUUGAGACAGAAAGCACAUUUUGUUCUUAUACAAAUAUGACAUAUUGCUCACCAAUUAGCUGUGUGCAUCUUAAAAACACUUCUGGUCCAGAUUUCAUAAAACUUGAGCCUGCUACGCCUAUUCAUCAAUUAAACUUUAAACAUGAGGAUGGUUUAAAACUGGAGCUUAACUCUCAGGAUGCUAUUUAUUGUAUUAAAGCUGAGGAAGUUCAUGGUGAAGAACUUCAGCACAAAAAACCUGAGCAUGCUGCACACAUUGAGCAUUCAGAUUCUGACACAACUUACAUAAAACCUGAGAUUGCUACGCAUAUUCAUCAAUCAAACUGGAAACAUGAGGAUGGUGUAAAACUGGAGCUUAACUCUGAGGAUACCAUUUAUUGCAUUAAAAGUGAGCAACUUCCUGGUGAAGAACUUUAUUGCAUAAAACCUGAGUAUGCUGCUUACAUACAGCAGUCAGAUUGCAGUCAUGAGAGUGCUGUGAAAGUGGAGUACCACUGUCAAGAUGUCACCUGUUUAAUUAAGACUGAGCAGGAUCCUGUGCAAUGUGCAAAGACAGAAGAGCAGCUGGUAUAUAAGCAAGAAGAACAAGAUCAUCGUCACAUAGUGAAGACUGAGACAGUGUGGCCUGGUCAGCAUGCAGUGUGGAAGAAUAACAUUGAUGAGAAUUGUCAAGAAAUGAAUGCUGCUAGAUGCAUAACUCCUAAGGUGACAGAUAUAUUCACAGAAAGUCAACAGCAUCAGAUUCAUCCAACUGUUACUGAAGUCACCAUUGAUUCAGAAACAGAAAUCCAUAGUGAUGCUAAAUCAUACCAGUGCCAAGUGUGCUUAUCUUCUUUCAGGUUUCCAGCCCUACUCAAGAAACAUAUGGUGAUCCACUCUGAUUUUAAAGCUGACCAGCAUACUGCAUGUACAGCUGCGUUAGAAAGACUAGAUACUUUAAAACACAACCAGGUAACCAACAGUAAUAAGAUAUCUCAUCCAUCCACUUCUUUUAAAACUCCAUCCGAAAAAAAGCACAUGGUGACCCAAAAUGUUGCGAAAACUCCCCAGUGUAGUAUAUGUAAUAAGGCUUUUAAGACUCAAAGAGAUUUAAAAAGACACAUGUUGACCCACAGUAAUGCUAGACCUCACCAGUGCAGUAUAUGUAAUAGAGCUUUUAAGUGCUCAAGUGGUUUAGAAAAGCACAUGUUGAAGCACAGAAAUGUUAGACCUCACCAGUGCAGUAUAUGUAAUAGUGCUUUUAAGACUUCAAGUAAUUUGAAAACACACAUGUUGACCCACACUAAUGAGAGACCUCACCAGUGCAGUAUAUGUAAUAGUGCUUUUAAGAUUUCAAGUAAUUUGAAAACACACAUGUUGACCCACACUGAUGAGAGACCUCACCAGUGCAGUAUAUGUAAUAGUGCUUUUAAGACUUCAAGAAAUUUGAAAGCACACAUGUUGACCCACACUGAUGAGAGACCUCACCAGUGCAGUAUAUGUAACGGUUCAUUUAAGAGUUUAAGUGAUUUAAAAAGGCACAUGAUAAAUCACAGUGAUGAAAGACCUCACCUGUGUACUAUAUGUGGUGUAUCUUUUAAAAAAUCAAAUGACCUAAACCAGCACAUGCAGUCUCACAGUGAUGUUAAACCUCCAGAGUGCAAUGUGUGUAAAGCUACAUUUCUGUGCCCAGAGGAUUUAAUCUCACAUAUGUUGACCCAUAGUGAUGAGAGACCUCACCAAUGCAGUAUAUGUAAUAGUGCUUUUAAGACUUCAAGUAUUUUGAAAACACACAUGUUGACCCACACUGAUGAGAGACCUCACCAGUGCAGUAUAUGUAACGGUUCAUUUAAGAGUUUAAGUUAUUUAAAAAGGCACAUGGUGACUCACCGUGAUGAGAGACCUCACCUGUGUAAUAUAUGUGAUGAAUCUUUUAAAAAAUCAAAUGACCUAAAACAGCACAUGCAGUCCCACAGUGAUUUAAAACCUCCGGAGUGCAGUGUGUGUAAAGCUACAUUUAUGUCCCCAAAGGAUUUAAGAUCGCACAUGUUGACCCACAGGGGUGAGAGACAUCACCAUUGCAGUAUAUGUACUAGUGCUUUUAAGACUUCAAGUAUUUUGAAAACACACAUGUUGACCCACACUGAUGAGAGACCUCACCAGUGCAGUAUAUGUAACGGUUCAUUUAAGAGCUCAAGUGAUUUAAAAAGCCACAUGGUGACCCACAGUAAAGAGAGACCUUACCAGUGUAGUGUGUGUAAAAGUUCAUUUAAGUGUUCAGGAGGUUUAAGAAGUCACAUGUUGACCCACAGUAAUGUUAGACCUCACCAGUGCAGUGUAUGUAAUAUGGCUUUUAAGUCCUCAGCUGUUUUAAAAAAGCACAUGAUGACCCACGGUGGUGUGAAACCACACCAAUGCAGUGUAUGUAAGAAUUCAUUUAGGUCCUUGUGGCAUUUAAAGCACCACAUGUUGAGGCACAGUGAUGCAAGACCUCACAAGUGCAGUUCGUGUAAAGCUACUUUUAAGCGUCCAGAAUCUUUAAGAUCGCACAUGUUGACCCACAGUGGUGAGUGACCUCACCAGUGCAGUAUAUGUGAAAAUUCAUUU